AAUUCUUCUUUUCUGUCAAUGCAGUGUGUAAACACUCAUUAAAAUUAAAAUCAACUAAGCUAAGAAUUACAUUUAAUAGAUCAAUGGAAAAGUGAACAAAAUGAAUAUGUCGUCCAAGUCUAUCGUGCAUUGCUUGAUAAUAUUAACUGCGACCAUAAUAUCUACUAGUCAAGCGAUAGAAAUUCCAGAACAGUUCCAGAAGUCGAACCAUACAAAUAAUUGGGCAGUUUUAGUAGAUACGUCACGGUUUUGGUUUAAUUACCGGCAUGUAGCCAAUGUGCUGUCCAUAUAUCGCAGUGUUAAGAGAUUAGGAAUACCAGAUAGCCAGAUUAUACUAAUGAUAUCAGAUGAUAUGGCUUGCAACCCAAGGAAUCCUCGGCCGGCUACGAUUUUUAACAAUGCUCAUGAACAAAUUAAUGUUUAUGGUGAUGAUGUUGAAGUAGAUUAUCGAGGAUAUGAGGUUUCAGUUGAAAACUUUGUGCGUUUACUAACAGGACGAGUUCCACCUGACACACCAAGGUCUAAAAGACUGCUAACAGAUGAAGGCAGUAAUAUACUUAUUUACUUAACUGGCCAUGGAGGUGAUGGCUUUUUGAAGUUUCAAGACUCGGAGGAAAUAACCAGUCAGGAAUUGGCUGAUGCGCUUGAACAAAUGUGGCAGAAAAGAAGAUACAAUGAAAUAUUUUUCAUAAUAGACACAUGUCAGGCGUCUUCAAUGUAUGAGAAGUUUUAUUCACCAAACAUUUUAGCUACUGCUAGCAGUCUGGUGGGAGAAGAUUCACUUUCUCAUCAUGUGGACUCUGCUAUCGGAGUGUAUAUUAUUGACAGAUACACUUACUAUGUACUGGAGUUUUUGGAAAAUGUUCAUCCAAAUAGCAAGAAAACUAUGUCUGAAUUUUUGGCAGUAUGUCCGAAACAUGCAUGUAUAUCUACCGUAGGAGUUCGUCGAGAUUUGUUCAAACGUGACCCCAGUAAAGUGCCUAUAACUGACUUCUUUGGCUCUGUAAGACCUGUGAUAAUCACUACAGAGCCUAUUAAUAUUAUUGAUAUACCAAAGAGGAGAAAGGUUAAGACUGAGAACACAACAUCGCGAGAGAAAAGGGCAUAUCUACCUCAAUUUCCAAUGCAUUUAGUUUCUCAAAAUACAUAGCAUAUAGGAUAAUAAUGUUACCAAAUAAAACAUUAAACAAAUAA